CUAUCGAGCAAUUUGUCAAGCAAGCUGCGAGUCAUGUGAUAACUGAUUUAUACGCUGUCGUGCUAAUACCCCCCGACAUCCCUGUCAAUAUAGUUCUGCCGGUCGAGAUCCAUCUGCGCUUUGAGUAUAUUUGAUAAGACGGUGUAAUGGCAGUAGCAUGGUUAUGAGAACAGGCCCAUUUUAAACCAAUCGAUGAACUACUGUGCUAGCACUGACAGUUGCUAACGGUCACCCUUGAAAUCAAGACAGGCAAACCGUAGCAGACGACAGAUAGAGAGAUUCGUCGUAACGAUCGAGGAGACGUGGUCUUGUCCACCUACAACCUUCCUACGCCAAACGCCGUUACCUUGGAAAUAAAAUCAUCAUAAUUAAUACCACUGUGACCUUGCAAUACAACAUUCGCAGGGACAGAACGGAACAGGAUAGAUCGUUUCAGAAUGGCGGAGACUCAAGCACCCACCGUUGAACCUGCUGCGGAAGCCAAGCCUGAUGUAGAGGCGCCUGCCGCUCCCACGAAAGUGAUGAAAAGCGUCGUUUUGACAGGAUUUGGGGGGUUGAAAAUGCUGAAGGUUCAACAGAAACCCGAGGUAACUGCCGCAGGAGGAGAACUGUUGGUCAGAGUGAGAGCAUGUGGUAUGAACUUUCCUGAUCUGAUGGUGCGGCAAGGAGUUAUUGACACUCCUCCAAAGACACCAGUUAUCAUGGGUUUUGAGUGCUCUGGCAUUGUCGAGGCUGUUGGUGAAAAUACAACUGGAUUCAAGGUCGGGGACCGUGUGAUUGGCUUUACCAACUACAACGCAUGGGCAGAGCUUGUGAAUAUCAAUGCCAAUCAUGUGUUCAAAAUGCCUGAUAACAUGAGCUUCCAGGAUGGUGCUGCGCUUCCAAUGAACUACGUGACAGCAUAUAUCCUUCUGUUUGACAUGGCCAACCUGAGGAAGGGCCAGUCCCUGCUGGUGCAUUCUGUAGGGGGAGGUGUGGGUAAUGCAAUCACCCAGCUGUGCAAGACGGUGGAGGAUGUGACAGUGUUUGGUACAGCGUCCUCAAACAAACACGAAGCCAUUAAGGCUAACGUCUCCCACAUCUUUGACCACAACGUCGACUAUGCUCAAGAAGUCAGAAAGGUGGCGGCCGAGGGGGUGGACAUCGUCCUGGACUGUAUGUGCGGAGAUGACACCAACAAGGGCAUCAUGCUCCUUAAACCAAUGGGAAAGUACCUGUUGUAUGGUUCCUCCAACAUAGUAACUGGUGAAACAAAAAGCUUCUUCAGCUUUGCAAAAUCUUGGUGGCAAGUGGACAAGGUCAACCCCAUCAAGCUGUUUGAUGAGAACAAGGUCAUAGGCGGCUUCCAGUUGAGGCGGCUCCUGUUCAACCAAGGCCAACACGGCUAUGUCCGUGAGGUGAUUGAGAAGCUCUUCAAGAUGUACAGUGCUGGCAAGAUCAACCCCACCAUCGACUCGGUGUGGGCCUUUGAGGAUGUGUCUGAUGCGAUGCAGAAGAUGCAGGACAGGAAGAACGUAGGCAAGGUUCUCCUGGACCCCACAGCUGAGCCAAAACCUAAAGAUGUGGAAGCCGAGAAAGCUGCUGUGUCUACCGAUGCUGAGUCUGGCGAUAAACAGGAGAAGAAAGAGGAGAAACCAGUUCAAGAUGGAAAGUGAUCAAUGUCCUUCCCCUAUUUCGAUGUCAGCCACAUCCCUUGGAGCCUCCCUCGUUCAAGCAGGCCGCAUUUGUAUAGCUACGUAGGAACGCCGUGUACAGCUAAGCAGCUCCACACUACGUCAUCAACUCAAACACGUUUAACUGGUAUCAAGGUCCUUUCACAAUGCUGAUGGAUUAAAUGACUGUGAUAUACGGUGCAUACCACUUUUAGUCACUAUUACCUAUCCACUAUCUGAGAUGACCAAACCUGUAGCAUAUUGUAUGUCACUCACUUCGUGCAACCUUUAGUAUGUAUUGUUUAAUGGAUUCGGUUUUGUUAACGAUGUUGAGAUUACACAAUGUUUUAUGCUAAAGUUUAAAAGAUUUUAAUCUUAAAUUCUAAUGAAAUGAUAAGUGCAUUCUGUAUAUUGGUUAGAAACAUGAACAUUUCGAUGUUAAAAUUAUGCAUAGCAGGGGAAGAAAUUAGUACUAGCCUCUUAGCAAGAGUAAGUUUCACUGAAAGCUAAACAGCGUUACAGGUGACCUGAGACAAAGUAAAUUUUGAACUUUUAGGGAUGUGUUUUGUCCAUGCGGGUUGGUUUACUUUCAAGACUAAUUUCUAGCCCUGUAUGAAAGUUGCUAAGUACAAGAUAAUACAUCACAAGGUGUAAAUAACAGUGUAUUUGCUCAUUUAAAAUGUCAACUUAUUCAAAAUCUAGGCAUAACUUUAACCUGUUACAUUUAUCCUGUUAUGGUCUUCACCCCCUUGACAUUUCUGUUACACUUGCUGUCAGUAGCCAGACCAUUAAAACCAUAUAAUCCAUGGACUUAUGAAUCAUGAACGUAAAUAUACUGGUGUGUGCUAAAUUAUUACUUUUUUCAUGGUAACAGACCCAUUUGAUGACUUGUAAAACAGUUCUUAUUUCUGGCUUUGCCUUAAGCACCUUCAGAGCACAUAACUCUUACCGGAAAAACUCCAUUCUUGAGGCCAACCUCCCAUGUUGAUCAUUGUAGAGGAUUUUGUCUGAAAGAUAUUUUAAAAGAUGCUUAUACUGGCUGAAUAUUUAUUUCAAGAAAAUGGCCUGAACAUUUCAGUGAGAGACCUGUAUUAUGUGUUUUAUGAGCAAGAUGACCCGUCCUUGGUCCAUUUCUAGAAUGUACAACACGUCCGACCUCACAUACUAACCACCUAUAGUGACCCUGCUUCUAGAUGCAACAAUGCCAUCAGGUGCUACUGCUGUGUUUAAAGUACUGGCCUGUAUUCACAAAAUAAUACUCCUGUUUCUAUAUUAAACUCAUAAUUAAUAACAUUUUAUCUCAUAUAGAAUGGAAGAUCAUCAGUUGUGGGUAUUUUAUGAUGUAUUUCUAACCUGGUUACCAUGGCAACAAUUCUGACCCAUUUUAAUCUAUCGACAUUGUCUUGAAUGUUUUUGGAAGAAUAAGCCAUCAAAUAUAAGGACCAAAUACAAGCCAUUAAUGCAAUGUGUAUGUUGAACUAUUUUGUGAAUAUGAGGCCAUCAUUGUAGGUACGAUUCAGAACGUAGUUUAUCUUUCCCAGUUUUUGAAUCAUGUCGAACUAGUGUGUUAGAGAUGAAGCGCAGUUUCCUGAAAGGUAUCCAAGACUUUCACUAGAGUAGGUUGGGGUUUUUUAACCAUGAAAAAUCUUAUUAUGCAAUUUGCAAAGUGAGCGCAAUUGUAUGUGGUGGAAUACAUUCCUCGUCUGUGUCUGCGAUGCCAGUUCUUCUGUGUACAUGACCUAUUUGACCAACGGCCAGUCUGUUUAGGAUCGGUAGUCGUCAAAUAUAUGCUCUUAUAUGGUUUUAGUGUAUAACACUGAAAUUAUCUAAGGAGGCAGAUUGAUAGUGGAAUUACUGAGAGCAUAUCUCAUGCUUCUAUUAGUAUUUUGCCCCCAUAAGUGAUUCAGACACUUGUGUAUAAUGUUACUGAGGGCAUUCAUGUUAUCAAAAUCUAAAACUGCAGGAAGAAGAAAUUAAUUUUUGAUUUAGUUAAAUAUUUUGGAAUGAUUUGUAAGCAUUUAAGUAUUAUCUUAAAUGAAAUAAUGAAUAUUUGUAGCUUCGACAGGCAUUUACGGCAUCUUUAGCACAAUAUGUCUGUCUGUGGUAAGUACAGCAAACCUUAAACAAUACUUGGUAGUGCAACACUGAAUGUAUUACAUUAACCACCAUAUUCAAUGUUAUAAGACCCUUACAUAUCAAAGAUAAUAAUCACUGCUUGAUGUGUCUUAAUGGGAGGAAUCCUCAAAUAUUUUAAGUGCGUCAUUUUGUAAUUUUCCUUCAGAAGAUAUUUAACCUUCAUUAGUAAGAACCACAUCUUUUAAUAAUUGAACAGUCAGAAUUUUCAGUUAAGAAGUCACCCACCAAACAUAGAUGUGAACGCUUAUACACUCAACCACUGGCUGUUUUGUUUAACUUAUGUCAAAUAUGUUAUUGUUUCAUGCUGCUAUCUGAUGUUUGUACCAAAAGGAUGGUUCUCUCUGGUUUCUUGAUUUUAAAUCUUGAAGACAUGUAUUUUUUUGUAUCAUUUUUAUGUUUGUAUUAUUUCAUAAGCUUUAUAUAUUCUGGCUUACCUAGAGUUGAGCUUUUGCUGCUUUUCAACUUAUGUAAAUGAGUGUAUUAUUGUGACUGUUCCUUGUACUAUAUGUAUCUUGUUCUGUGUAUGACAGCUGUGUCCAUGUGCGUCAGUGGGUCAUCUCACCAUUGUUGAAACUUGUCAGUUUGCUCACAAAGUGGUUGUGCUCUAUGGUAACAAAUGAAGUCAAACAUUGUCAAAACUUGAACAGGAUUUAGAGGGCAUUGAUGUUGAAAUCAGAAGCUGUGAUCCAAAUGUUGCCUAUUUUCUGUGUAAAGUCUCACUGAUGAGAUGAUGUUCCAAGAUGUAGCACUUCUGUAUCCGUCAGUAAUCAAAAUACCGUGUUUACCAACGUCAAUUUGUUGUGCAUGUGUUUUAUUUGCAAGUGUUGAUAGUUUGACGCACUGACAGAAUUGAUAUGAGGUGUUAACGGAGAUACCGUAUUCGACCAAAAAGUUAACAAGGCAUUUAAAUGAAUUAAAAGGACAAAAUUCCAAUAAGAAUAUGCCCAGUCUAACAUUACAUCCGUUAUCAAGGAUUUCCAAGUUUGAUCCAUCUCGGUAUAGAUGUACAGCAUAACCCUUACUAUAUUUGUAAUCGGAUGGUUAUCAGGUUGAAUAUUGUAAUAGUAAAAACUCAGGUACAGCGCAUAAUGUUUUCAAAAUUUUACUCGUUUCAAUGUUCUUUUGGGACCAAUGAUAAUUUAUUUUUAGAACAGACAGAAAUAUUUUGUUCCAUUUAUUAUGUGAAGGUGCUAAAGAUUUAAUACAUUUCACAUGCACUUGUUUCUAUAUGUUUACAAUGACAUAAAAUGGCAAAUAAUAAAUGUACUGCCAAAAGAUUUCAAAAUGUUUUGUGAUAAUAAUCAAAUGAAGUUCUAGAAAAUUUAUUUUGCUUUAAUAUUUUUCUAUAUAUUUUUUAUUCUUUAAUUAUCAAACAUUCAUUGGAAAAGGUGGAUUAAUUAAUUGUUUAAGUAAACAUCUGCAGACGAGCAAAUAAUUGAUAUUAUGACAUAAAAUCAAAUGAUGAAUUGAAUGAAUAUGGAUGUACACACAAUGUGAUCAUUAGUUCCCUUGAAUGUGAUCUAGAGAUAUACAUAUAUAUAUCACUUUCUCAAUAGUUCUAGAGUUCAGAUAUAGUAUUUUUGUCCAUAAUAAUUGUUGUUGAAUUGUGAUCAAUAGCUCCACUUAUGAGGAUUAAAGAAAUAUAUGGGAUGUUCACUCGAGUUGUGUUGAUAUGACGACCUGUUCUGUGGUUGUGUGGAAAGGGUUGGUUCUAUGGUGUUUGUUUGAAUGUUGACAUUAUUUCUUGUAGUUUAAGCUCACUCUUAGCGUUUAUUCAACCUCUCAUUAUGUCUUACAGUUUUUUCUCUAUUACACAUUCUGCAUGAAAAUAGAUUCAUAUAGGCAUAGGUAGUAUUUCAUUCAUUUCUGUAAUUAUAUGACCGUCUGCUAGAUAUUAACAAAUAAAAAAAUUAUCUAUCCAAUCUAAGAAACCAAGGAUGAAAAUAUAGUUUAUUCCAUUCUCUGUCAUUAGUUUUCAAAUGUCAAUCAGUAAAUCUGCAGUAUCUAGUAUUCCAAACUAUGUGCCCUCUGCAGGCAAAUCUGCAUAUUGCAAAAAUAGAUAAUUAUGUUCAAUAUUGGUAUUUUUUGUUAAGGUUCUUAUUUUAUUAAAUUAGGACAAUUUUUGACAUUGCAUUCAACAUGUUGAAUGCAAAUGUAAAAAUUAGCCUGUAAAGGAUGAUGGAUCUCCUUUACUGAUCCCGUUACCAGUUACCUCUACAAAAUCAUAAGUUGAAACUAUUACAACAUGAAUAGGGAACUGUCAUAUUCCAGUUUGGGAAUUUGUACUCUCAUUGGUUGCAGACUUAGAUAAAUGCCGUACUGCAGAUUGGUGCUGCAUAGCCUGUUAAUACCAAUAAUAAACAAGUCACUCACUGAACAUAUAGUUUGUGAAAAGUUUGUUUUCUACAUAGACAAAAAACCUCUAGAUCAUGCAGGAUGUGUUUACUUAUCGCUGAUGACCCAUCAGAAUCCCUGAAUGUUCCCCAGUUUCCGAAUCACUGAACACUCGCUGGUAUACUGAACAUUUAAGCAUGAAGAAUAUAUAUUUUGUUGCAGAUCAUAAUCGAAAACAUCAGUGGCAUCAAUCAAAAACAUACAAUGACCUACUGUUAGUCCAGAUAAGGAAGAGAUGCCUACUGGUGUCCUUUGACACAUACCUACACUGCACUAGACUCUUCCCAAAGGUAAAGGAUAGCUGGAUGUUACUGGAUUAAUCCAGAUACUGAUAUGGGACGGAUAAACAACCCGUGUAACUGUCUCCUGUGUCGUAAUGAUCCUGUUCAAACACAUCCUUUCCUGUCCAUGCUUGUAAGGUUUUGGCAGCUAUGUGGUUAUGCCGCUGUUCUUUGAAGCUUUUUCUCCUGUCUAGAACUAAGGCAGACCCUUGAAGUCAGUAGUGGACUCUGGUUUUCCCUAAUCCAGGAUAAUUCUGAAACCCCAGAUCUCCCGAGGGAGGGAAUAACUGACUCGGAAGUAUAACUGAAUAGCUGGCAAAUGUGAAUUAAUUCUGUAAUUUCCUUGCCUUGACAAAGAAUUUACACCAAUAAUUCUCAAGGGAGAAAAUCAAGUCCGGAGUAGCAGUAGUGUAUAAUUUUGAGACAAUAUUGUAGGCAAUGACAGGUGGCUGUUUCAUACAUUCAAAGUCAAACAAAAGUUAUUCAAAUUAUGAAACCGAAAUUUCAGUCAUUUAUUUUUAAAUAUAUUGUUGAAAAGUUCAUCUGGCUUUGACUUUAAAUUACAGAGAUAUUUUUUGACAGGUUGAUUUUGCUAUAUACAGUAUUCUGUGAGCUGAUCAAUUUUAAUCUGAACUGUAAGAUUUAAAUUGAACUAAAAUAUGUAACUUACCAAUAAAUGUUUCUUUAUAUGUUUCCUGGACAGGAGUAUAAGCCUUCCUCUGUGAUAGUCCUAGACUAAGGUCAUAUUUUUAUGUUCUUUAUUGCAUAAAUUGUGAUAUAUAUAGUUAAUCUAUUGUUUAGUCCAGGAUUGAAAUGCCCUCUUACACCUGUUGAACUAUGGAUAUUCCUGUUUAAUGUCAAAUGGUACAUGUCCCAUGUGCAAUAUUGUUGAUGUUGAAAAUGCAAAACUGAAUAUAUAUUUAGUAGUAGCUAUACAUUAAAAGGAUUUAUGCCA